AUGAAAAACCACGCGUGCGAUUAUCCAGGCUGCACUAAAAGCUUCACUCGCGCCGAGCACUUGCGUCGUCAUGCGCUGAACCAUGAACAGCCACGUAACGGGUUUACUUGUGAGCGCUGUUCUGUUCAUUUUCAACGCCCUGAUCUGCUAGCCCGGCAUAUGAUGCGCCAUGAUAGACGCGACGAAGAAGCGGGGGGCCGGGUUUAG